GGUUGUGAAUGAACCAACUGACAUGCACUGUCCUGUUGUGGAGAUGUCAACACGUUCUAAGCUUAGCUGCUUGAGUUGGAACAAGUAUGCUAAGAAUCAUAUAGCAAGUAGUGACUAUGAAGGAAUAGUAACUGUUUGGGAUGUGACAACCCGGCAGUCCCUAAUGGAAUAUGAAGAGCAUGAGAAGAGGGCUUGGAGUGUUGAUUUCUCAUGCACAGAACCAUCAAUGCUUGUAUCCGGAAGUGAUGAUUGUAAGUAUGCUGUAUCAGGUAGUGCCAGGAAGUGUCUUUCCAUUGUCAACCCACUCAUAAUCACCAAAAGUGUGCCUGUUGUAACUCACUCAACGUAAUCUUGAAUUGAACCAGUUUGGGUGAUUUGUUAAUGUUACUUAUGCUUGAUUCAAAAUGAUAAUAUCCCCCCUCCUUUGGCUGGGUAAGUGCAAGUACGAGGAAUAAGGUACAGUUUCACUGAAACUUUCACCUGAAUGUUGUCCUUCCACUUUUUUCUUUGAGAGAAAAUGAGAUGAUUCACAAUAGUAAGUCGUUGACAUGUCGAGCAUAACAAAUCCUUAUUAAGUAAUGGUUUUUUAAGGGGGCCAGCUUAGGGGCCAGGCCUCUCUCUGACCUGAUAACUAAUUUAGCCUCCCGCUCAGCUCUAUCAACAGGCCUUUUCUUUUCCAAUACUUAAUAAGGUCUCUCAUGGCCAGAUUUUUAUUGCAGCCUUCUCUACCAUAAAAUUCGACCUUUAGGGUCAACCCGCA